CCGUGGACCGACUCAUCAUUAACUAAAACAGAUGAUGGACUAUGUGACAACUUGAAAAAGAGAAAGCUGUGAAAAACACAAAUGAUGGGGCUAUCAAACAAAAAAGGCUCCGGAUAAACACCAAUCAGCCCUUAUCUUGGAGGUCAAUAGAAAUUCCUACGAUUAAAACAUCGAUUCGAAUGGCAAAUGCAACUUAUAUAGACUGAUGUGAUAUAUAUGCGCUAAUACAACUAGAAUGUCGUAGGAAUUGACGAUUAUAUGGGAUUACGGCUAUCUAGUCUGAUAAAGCGACAGAUUCAUUCAUUAUGUUUGUAUUUUUAGAACUUAAGUUUCGAAUUCCGUGGUCCCAUCGGGCAAUCCGUACACGAUCCACAGCCGGCCAAGUGCAUCUAUAUUAUCGCCCAGGGAGUUGCUAUUGCACCCACUCUGCCGCUGGUUCGGCAGGUGCUGGACAACGAGGAGGAUAUGAGUCGCCUGUGGCAUUUGGUGUGCGCUCGUGACCUGCAGCAUGUCUACUUUCGCGAGGAGAUGCUUGAGUUCGCCCAGUUCUGGAACUACAGGAGCUGCCUCUACCUGCCGCAUCAGCAGUGUGACUCCUCCGCUUGCCAGGAGGCGGGCCACUGUGCCCAGCAGUGCCCUCAGCUCCGGGACAAUCUACGCUACAAGGAGACGGCAAAGGUGUCCCGAUUAGAUGCCGCCGAACUGGCCACCCACCUCAAUCCCGCGAUUCCCGGACAGCGCGUCCUCAUCGUGGCUGGAGAUUCAAGUUUUCAAAAGAUCAUCGCCCAAAUAGGAACACAAUCAUUGGACGUAGAUCCGGCAAACAUUUAUAUGUUGUAAUUGCCGGGAGAAACUGUAGAUGCUUAUAAAUAUUUGAUAUUGUUUAUGAAUUUGUGAUCGUACAAGUUUUACCGAGAGUUUUAUAUUUUUUAUACCCGCUACUCGUAGAGUAAAAGGGUAAACUAGAUUCGUUGUAAAAUAUGUAACAGGCAAAAGGAAGCGUUUCCGAUCGUAUAAAGUAUAUAUAUUCUUGA